AUGGAGGGGGGCAGGAAGCAGAAGGAGCAGAAGGAGGACGGAGGACGCGGGCGCGGAGGGCGGAGAAGCAGGUGGAGCAUGCCCCUCGAGAGAGAGGACUCGGUGGGGAAGCCAGCGCUGAGCCCACAGGAAUUCGCUUGGCUUUCGCAAAAGUAUCUCCACAGCGAGCCUUACACUUUCGGCCAGGGCGGCGAUUCAGGCGUCUCCGAUACGACAAGCCCAUCAAGGAAGAAACUGGUAUGCCAGCAUGCACCAGGAAGGUGGGAACACGCACGGCCGAGUUCACAGGUGGAAUACACCGAGGCCGCGCAGUGGAAACGCGUGGCCUGAGCCCCACGUGCCCAGCCUCCGAAAGGCCGAGCGCUGGAAAGACGCACGGCCGCGUGCCUAUAGCUCGCGCCCAGGCCGCCCGCGAUGCACCCAGCUAAGCUUAGGUCGGACGUGUCCCCCUACUGGCAACGCGCGCUUUCCUCCUGUAGAGGGGCGCGCCCGCCU